CGGAAGGAGCGAGAAAGGCAAGCCGGCCCGUACGCCUCUUCCGCUCCGGGCCCGGAAGGGUGAUGUGGCUGGGGUUUCGCCGGCCUCACUAUGUCUGCCAUUUUCAAUUUUCAGAGUCUGUUGACUGUAAUCUUGCUGCUUAUAUGUACCUGUGCUUAUAUCCGAUCCUUGGCACCCAGCCUCCUGGACAGAAAUAAAACUGGGUUGUUGGGUAUAUUUUGGAAGUGUGCCAGAAUUGGUGAACGGAAGAGUCCUUAUGUUGCGGUAUGCUGUAUUGUGAUGGCCUUCAGCAUCCUCUUCAUACAGUAGCUUGGAAAAAUGCCAGAAUUCAGUUGCAAUCAGAUUUAAAUAUGAAAAAAAAAGGACUUAUCUGCAGAAAAUAAUGGAAAGAAUGGUUAACCCUUUUAUCUCUGAACAUUGAAUGAGAUAAAUUUUCAGCUGCUGUUCUCUAUUAUUUUUGUUAUUGGACCAAUGUUCUAUAUAAAUAAUUAGGAUGUAACCAUUUAAUACUCAGAGUUUAAAUAUGUCUGUAACAAUCAACCUCAGUACUGUCACUACAAUAUUACAUUCUGCAUAUGUCAUUCUGUUGUGUCAGAUACCAGUUUUUAGUGAGGUAUCUUUAAGGCACAUAGGAGAAAACAAAAUUGGUAAAUUACUUAAGUUCCUUUCACCGUGAUUUGGAAACGAUAAAUCUUUAUAGAAUGAGACUUUUUGGACUAGCUUUUUUAUUGAAGAAAAAAAAGGUUCAAUUCGUGUUGAUAAGGACUGCAUUCAUAUUUAAUAAUGCUUGCUUUUCCUCUGGCCACAUCAUUUUGAGCAUUAACCAGAGUACCUCUACUGUUAGCAAACUGUAGUUUAUUACAGGUAUUUAAACUAUUUAAAACAAGCCUAUGCAGUUCUUAAGGAGGAAGAUAAAUGAGAAGUGACUUAAGAGUGCUAUUGAGAAAAAUGUUCCUAUUUAACAUAAAAGAAUUCAGAAUACCUGACUGGUGUUAUUGUCUCUGAAACCUCUGGUUAAGUAUGGAUAAAUGUCUUAAGCAUAAAUUUGACCAGCGCUAACUGUCGUUUUUGGAAUAAGACUACAUGCU